AUGACCAUCCCUGCAGUCACUGCUCCGCAUCCGCUGGCCGAGCUAUCCGAGCGCGAGUUUACCAGCGCCCGAAAUGCCAUUAUCAAAACCCAUGGGCCCGACCAGCCACUCUUCUUCCGUACCAUCUACCUCCAAGAGCCUGCCAAGGCAGAACUGCUACGAUUUCUCGACGCCGAACAUACGGGCCGCCUGACGGACGCCACCCCGCGCCCCACCAGAACUGCCCGUGUCGAAUACGACGUACUUACAGGAAAAGCUCAACUCUUCCACCGUGCUACGGUCAACGCUGUUACUGGUCAGGUUUUGUCCAAUGAUGAAAUCCCACGAACGAACAAUGGCUUCCCGCAUUUCAAUGUCAACGAAUUCGAGCUCUUCGAAGGAUACUGCAUGAAGUCCGAGAAGGUCAAGGAGGCUCUCAAAGAAUACACAAUUCCAGAGGGCUUCGAGUAUACUAUUGAUCCUUGGCCAUACGGCGGCCCAGAUGAGGACGAUGGUAUCCCUAAGAUCAUGCAAGGCCUCGUCUUUAUUCGCGAUGCGCGCAAGAGCAACCCGGAUACCAAUCACUAUCCAUACCCCAUCCCAUUGAUUCCAGUCAUGGAUUGGUCGACCAAGGAGAUUAUCCGCAUUGACCGGCUGCCGACUGGCGGCUCCGAAGACGGAAUGGAGCCCUCCGCUGCCUCCCAAGAGCCAAGGGACAUUUUCGCCAAGUCUGUCCCGGCUGAAUAUGUCUCGGAGCUGCUUGACGUUCCAGAACGUGCUGAUCUCAAGCCGCUCAAUGUUGUUCAGCCCGAGGGUGCCUCAUUCAAAAUCCACCCAGACAACCUCAUUGAAUGGCAAAAAUGGCGCUUUCGUCUUUCCAUUAGCCCCCGCGAAGGACCAGUUCUCCAUGACAUUUGCUAUGAUGACCGGUCUGUUCUUUACCGUCUGAGCUACAGUGAGCUCACAGUCCCAUAUGGUGACCCUCGCGCACCCUUCCACCGAAAGCAGGCCUUUGACUUUGGCGACGGUGGCAUCGGUCGUGCCGCCAAUAGUCUCAAGCUUGGUUGCGAUUGUCUUGGGGCUAUCCAUUACGUCGACGCCUGCUUCUCCGCUGCUGAUGGAACACCAACCAAGUUGGACUCUGUCGCUUGCCUUCACGAGCAAGAUGGCGGCGUUCUGUGGAAGCACACCAACUUUCGCACCGAGCGCGGCGUAGUUGCGCGUAUGCGUGAGUUUGUCGUCCAGUUCAUCGCAACACUGGCCAAUUACGAGUACAUUUUCGCCUUCAAGUUCGAUCAGGCCGGUGGCAUCACCGUUGAAACACGCGCGACCGGCAUGGUGAGCGUUGUUAGCAUUGAAGACGGCAAGACCAGCAAGUACGGCAACAUCGUCUCGCCCGGCAUUUUGGCGCAGAAUCAUCAGCAUAUUUUUGCCGUGCGCAUCGACCCUGCCAUCGAUCUUUUUGGCGGCGGCAACAAUGGUCAUACUGAAAUUGUCGUUGAGGAGUGCCAUCCCGUAAAGAUGAACCCAGAGACCAACCCGUUUGGCAACUAUUAUGAGAUUCGACGUAAUCCUGUGGAGCGCGCCACAUGGAUUGAUUCCGAGGUGCGCCUCAACCGCACCAUCAAGCUGGAGAAUUCGGCCAAGAAGAACCCCAUAUCCGGCAAAAAUGUUGGCUACAAGCUCAUCUCGCCCGCUACUCAGAUGCUGCUGGCUGACACGGACAGCCGCAUCGCCCAGCGUGCGCGCUUCGCCGAGCACAACUACUGGAUAACCGGUCAUCGUGACGGCGAGUUCUGGGCUGCAGGUGAGUUUACAAACCAGAGCACCUUUGAAGAGGGUGGUGUGUCCGACAUGGUCAAGCGAGGCGAUGCCUUUGCUGUGGACGGAGUACAGGCCACCGGCCAGACGAGCGAUCCCGUUCUAUGGAGCGUGUUCGGGUUCACUCACAACCCUAGAGUCGAAGAUUGGCCCGUCAUGCCUGUUGAAAUUCACCAAAUGCAUCUGCGUCCGGCUGAUUUUUUCGCUGCAAACCCAGCGUUGGAUGUGCCCACCAAAAAGAAUGAGAGCAGCGUGCUCGUGGCAUGCUGCGCAGAGGACAAAGCAAAUGGAGCAAACGGCGUCAAUGGCGCACACUAA